GCACAGUCGUGCUCCAGCGCGGUUGCACCACUCCCCUGUCAAAGCAGGAUCUAUCCUCUCCAGCCAGCCUGCCUGUCUGUCUGCUGCCUCUGUGAUUGACUGGAGAGACCUCUCAGUGGAUGUCAGCACCCCAACCUGUGGAGGUGAUCAUUAGAAAACCAGGUUUCAUCAUCCAUACAUGGGGAGCAGUCCAUGGACCUAAGUGUGAGCCAGAGGUUGCUACAUCCAGGCUCAGAUUCGGCCAUGCUGACCCCCCAUUCUCCCUUCUUCCUGGGAUCCCUCACCUCUCAGCAUUUCACCCAGUUGCCCCAGCAUCACUUGCAGUAUAACAUUGAGCAAAGGCAAAGAGAGAUGGAGGAGGAAGAGAAAAGAGAAGAGCUACAACAGCUGAUACGAAAAAGAAAACCUGGGCCGAGUGCUGUAUCCAGUCCCAUGGUAAGGCAGAAACUCCGGGAACACUUAAUAAUGAAGAGUCAGUCCACACACGACAGGGUGACUCCCACCCACAGCACUCCUACCCAGGGCUACAGGCUCCCAAAUCCUGACAUAUCCCCAAGUCCUCAGGCUUCCCCCUGUGACCAACGUAAAGACCUCGCUCUGCGCAGGACAGUCUCUGAGCCCAUUCUGAAGUGGAAGAUAAAGAAACUCAUCAGUUCGAGGCCAAACCCACUUCAUCGAAAAAUCAGUGCCCCUCCAUCCAUGAAGCACAGGACAGAAACUCUGGACUCGUCCACCAGCAGUAGCAGCAACCCAGCAUCAGGUUGCAGCUCCCCCAAUGACAGCCUCCAUUCAGACAACGGGGCGCUCCCACUGAAUCAUGAGGCACAGAGGUUGCUUCUGAAGGAUGGUAGUUUGGCUCAUUUCACUUUGCCUCCUAACUCGUCUGCUAUGCCAAACAUCACUGCUGGACUUCCUGCACAGGCCGACCUUCGAAUAGCGAGGCCGUUUGCAGUACCUGGUCUGCAUCAGAUCUUCCUGCCUCUGGAUGGAACCAAUCCAGCCCUGGCUCAGCGCCUCCAGCCGGUGCUCAUAUUGGAGCCACAUACUGGAAUAGUGCACUCACAACUUGUCUCCUUUCAUGGUUUGAACCCCGUUCCUCUGCAGCAGCACCAGCAGCAGCAGUCUCACCUGUCCAGAAGGGAAGGUCUUGUUUCCUUACCUUCUCACAGACCCCUGGAGCGAACGCGCUCAGAGCCCCCUCCCUACAGCCACUCGCCAAUUACACUGCAAGCAAUCCAUGAGACGCACAUCCAGCCCCAGCUGCAUCAGCAAUACACCCGUGGGCUGGAGAGGUUCAAACAGAAUGCACCCCUGAGCAAGAUCCCUUCGGAGGACAUGGACCUGGAGGAAACCGGAUCAGAAUUUGGUUCGGGACCAGGGUCCGCAUGUGGCUCAGAGCCGGGCUCAGUGGGUGAUGAAGGCUACUGCAGGAGACAGAGCAAUGCCAGCACAGACUCAGUUUACGACACAGAGUCCAGUACCUCUUCACGGGAGAGCUUGAUUGAGCCCUCACAUUCUCUCAGCCAGAGACAGGUGAUCCUUAGACAGGGUCAUCAGCUGGACCAUCUAGGUGUGCCUGCCGGAAUUUGGUCUCACCAGCGUCUAAUUCGAACCAAGUCCUCGCCGGCCUCCACCUCCCUGCCUCCUUCUCCACAUGCACCAAGCAACAUAUCUUCGCUGUCACUGUCCAGCCCUGCCACAGACGUCCAGUUACGCUACACCACAGGUUUGGCUUAUGAUGCUCAGAUGCAGAAGCACCAGUGUUCCUGUGGGGACAACAGCCGCCACCCUGAGCAUGCUGGGAGGGUACAGAGUAUCUGGUCCAGACUGCAUGAAAGAGGUCUUAGGAGCCAGUGUGAGCGUGUCCGCAGCAGAAAGGCAACUCUAGAAGAGCUGCAGUCAGUUCAUUCAGAGAAACAUGUUCUCCUGUUCGGCACCAACCCGCUCAACCGCCUCAAGCUGGACAACCGCAAGCUGACCGGAAUCUUAUCUCAACGGAUUUUUGUGAUAUUACCCUGUGGAGGAGUUGGGGUUGAUAAUGAUACAGUCUGGAAUGAGCUUCACACGUCAGCAGCUUCCCGUAUCGCAGCAGGAUGUGUCACAGACCUGGCACUAAAGGUGGCACAGAGAGAGCUGAAGAAUGGCUUUGCAGUGGUGAGGCCCCCUGGACACCACGCAAGUCACUCCUCCCCUCAGGGCUUCUGUUUCUUCAACUCUGUGGCCAUCGCUGCCAAACAGCUCCAACAAAAACUCAACGUCAGCAAGAUCCUCAUCGUUGACUGGGAUGUUCACCAUGGCAACGGUACCCAGGAGGCCUUCUAUAACGACCCGGGAGUGUUGUACAUCUCUCUUCAUCGCUUUGACGACGGCAACUUCUUUCCCGGUGGUGGACAUCCCAGCGAGGUUGGUGUAGGUGAAGGCGAGGGCUUCAAUGUGAACGUAGGAUGGACAGGUGGUUUGAACCCUCCCAUGGGUGAUGCAGAGUACCUGGCUGCAUUCAGAGCUGUGGUGAUGCCCAUUGCCCACGAGUUCUCCCCUGAUGUGGUGCUGGUGUCAGCUGGCUUCGAUGCUGUUGAAGGACAUUCAUCAUCACUGGGCGGCUACAAAGUCACAGCCAAGUGUUUUGGCUUCCUGACUCGUCAGCUGAUGUCACUGGCGGGGGGUCGUGUGGUCCUGGCUCUGGAGGGGGGCCAUGAUCUUAAGGCCAUAUGUGAUGCCUCUGAAGCCUGCGUCAGCGCCUUGCUGGGCAUGGAGGUGGAGCCUUUGUCACAGUCUGUGUUGGACCAGAAGCCGUGUGGAAACGCUGUCAAAACUCUGCAGAGUGUCAUCCAGGUUCAAGGUGAAUACUGGCAGAGUGUGAAGGAUUCAGCCGCCACAGUGGAUCUUUCCUACCUGCAGGCACAGAGACGACGGCUGCGACGGGACUCGGACAGCGAGGCCGUCAGCGCCCUCGCCUCGCUCUCGAUGAGAGCUGUUAGCCCAGACGAGGAAGUGACAGAAAAAGUGACAGAGAAAAGGUCUCUCUGAAGAAUGAACCACCUGACAGCUGCCUUCAACCAGGGCUCAAUGGAAACAAACUCACACACACACACACACACACACACACACACACACACACACACACACACACACACACACACACACACACACACAAAGCUAUGCAUUUGGAACAUUGCUGGAGGCAGAUGUCCUCCUCAGUUUGACCACUGUAUUCAUCACCCUCCACCUGCAUUACUACUGGCUGCAGUCUGACCACUCUGAUUCAACAUUAACCUUCACAACACACUUAUUCUCUUGCCUCUUCAGACUCUUAUUUUUGGGGAUAUCUGUCCCUGAACUGAAAAAGACAAUCAGAGGCCGAUCAAAUGAAGGAUCUGUACUCAUAGUAGCAUUGGGAGCUGAUGACAGGAUGUAGCAUGAACACACACUUGACAAAUCGCAGCUCUAAGACUUUCUCCUUGUAACUGACUCCCCAAAGACCUGUGAGGUGGACGUGCCGAUGAAGGAGAGCAGACGUAUCCUCUGCAAUUAAGACACUUCCCACUAUGAUGAUGUCAUUUGUCUGCAAGAGACAAAGAUCAAAUGAAGGAAAAGAUCAGGGUUUUCUGAUCAUUUUGCACUGCACUGUUCUGUAAUGUGAACCAGACCAGAUGGAGGAGACGCAGCCACGUCGGCCAUAUUGACUAUCAAACAUCUCGUUUGUCCCUGUUUUGUUGUUUAUUCAACUUGUCAUUAACUUGACCUAUGGCACACAUUUUUUUUUUUUGGAACGUCGGCCGGAGAUUUAUUUUUCUUUAAGAAUCCAGUAAGAGUGAAGCUACAGUGAAGUCUGAGAUACAUAUGGUUCAUAUUGUUCCUUAUGUCCACAUAUUUUCUUAAAUCUUUGUUCUUUUUCUUGGCCUGUCGGGUAAGCACAUGCAGUAAGACUGCAGAUGGCUGCCGUUAUUAUGUUGACAGAUAAAGACGACUCAGCAGUCUUUGAUGAAGCGCAACUUAAAUGUUUAGACAUACUGUAGUUUGCGUCGGUGGCAUUAAGUCACAAUGAAGAGCUAAUACCUCUAAUCAUAAGUGUAUCAUUUUCAGGGGAGGUGGGGGGGGGGUUCCUUUACAUGUCAGCGUAAAACAGAAAUGAUGAUGAUGAUGAUUCGUCAGUGCAGCGUGACCACUCAGAAAUCCUUGUCUGAAUGAGGAUGAAGAUCACGAUAUUGAUUUCAACAUUUGAAACGUCUCUCAUCAAAGGACUCUGUGGCACUAACGCACUCAGUGUGCCUUCAGGAUGGGAGGAUCAGAAUGGCUUGUCUUAACAUCUGAGUGUUAAAAAUGUUUUUUUUAAAUGGACCUGUGUUUCUUCCUGUGGAUUUGCAUUCCUGCUGUAUUUUGUAAAUGUAUUUUGUACUUUAGUUUUAUCUUAGCGAGGACACUGGUGCGUCCUCUUUACGUUACCGACGUAGCGUCGUUCUGUUUACUCUCAGCGUCCGGGACGUUUUCGCUCCCCGGACCGAACUACAACAUUUUUAGCAGUUACAAAUAAUACUGAGCUAGUUGAAUGUCCUCAAAGUGCAAUUGGACACAGGUUAAGCGCAACCAAAGUUUAUAAGAACAAUGUGCCGUCUCUGGACUGGCAUGGCUCAAAGAACUUCAAAGACUUUUGAGGACUUUGUGAAUGUUUCUUUUUUUUUUUUUUUUAUCCAAACAUUUGAAAAGCACAAAGAGAAAAAGGACGGACAUGAAACAAAUUCAUUCAUUAAAAAAAAAUGGACAUGACUUCUCUUCAUACAUUCAGACUCUGUGUCUUUGAAGUGCUCUUUGCAUGUCUAACACAGAUUUUACGGUGCUAUGGAUUAUUUUUCUAAAAUGUGGAGUUUUUGCCUCGGUUUGGUUUCUUUCUUUCUUUCUUUCUUUCUUUAUGUUGCAUUUUGUGAACGCAACUCAAAACCGGUGGAAUGUUUGGAAAUUUGAUGAAAAUGUGAAAAAAAGAAAAUGAUGCUGGGAGAGCGCUUUGAGCUCUGUAUCACAUGUGACAAUCCUUCAGGGGAGUGUAGCUUUAUUUACUUUUACAGCAGCAUUCAUGGCAGUGACCUGACAUAUCUCAUGUUUAAACUUUUGUCUUAAUUCAUGGAAAUUACUUAUUUUUCUAUCGGAUUUUAAAAAAUGAGCCCUGUUCGUACAUAGAGACCAAAUAACCAGCUCGUGUGCCUUGAAGUAUGAUGCAGACCAACCUGUGUGAAGGUAGCUUGAACAAACUGGAUCUUAAUGAGAUCUGAAGGCAGAAGUUUGAACAUAACUGACACUCUCAUUGGAGUUCUGUAUAGUGUACAUAACUUUUUCCUUUGUCGUCUUUGUCUUUUCUACUUUAGUUGUUCCCUUACAAAACUCCUUAAUAAAGGUUACUGCGAUUCAUUUGUA